GAGAUCUCACUAUCUCAUUAUGUCUCUCUGUGAAGACAUGUUGCUUUGUAAUUAUCGAAAGUGUCGUAUCAAACUCUCAGGUUAUGCAUGGGUUACUGCAUGCUCUCACAUUUUCUGUGAUCAGCAUGGCAGUGGUGAAUUUAGUCGUUCACCAGCUAUCUGUCCUGCCUGCAACAGUACCCUUUCUGGAAAGCUAGAUAUUGUUCGCACAGAACUCAGUCCAUCAGAGGAAUAUAAAGCUAUGGUAUUGGCGGGACUGAGACCAGAAAUUGUGUUGGACAUUAGCUCCCGAGCACUGGCAUUCUGGACAUACCAGGUACAUCAAGAGCGUCUCUAUCAAGAAUACAAUUUUAGUAAGGCUGAGGGCCAUCUGAAACAAAUGGAGAAAAUAUAUACUCAGCAAAUACAGAGCAAGGAUGUAGAAUUGACCUCUAUGAAAGGAGAGGUCACUUCCAUGAAGAAAGUGCUAGAAGAAUAUAAGAAAAAGUUCAGUGAUAUAUCUGAGAAACUUAUGGAGAGAAAUCGCCAGUAUCAAAAGCUCCAAGGCCUCUAUGAUAGCCUUAGGCUACGAAACAUCACUAUUGCUAAUCAAGAAGGCACUCUUGAACCAUCCAUGAUUACGCAGUCUGGUGUUUUUGGUUUUCCAUUAGGGAACAACUCCAAAUUUCCUUUGGACAGUACACCAGUUCGAAAUCGGGGUGGUGGAGAUGGAGAUUUUCAGUUCAGACCAUUUUUUGUGGGUUCUCCCACAGCACCUGAACCCUGCAAUAGCUUUUUUAGUUUUGCAUCUCCAAGUCGUGAAUUAGAGCAGCAGCAAGUCUCAAGCAGGGCCUUCAAAGUAAAAAGAAUUUAGCUUACUAUGCAGAUGACUUCUCUGGCAACUUUUAGUGAUAUAAUUUGCUUAAUAAUCUUUAUUCCAUAUGGGAAUCAUCUCCUGUGCUAUUAAGUCUU